ACUUGACUGUUAUUAGCUCCUGUGUGGGAUCAGUGGUGUGGCUCUCUGUCCACGAGCCGGGCAGCGGUCCCUCUCCCUCCUCGGACAUGUUGUCAGGGGCUUUUUACGCUUUACUGGCGGGUUUCCUCGGGGCUGUGGCCUCCUCGUCCGCCAAGCUGUCCCUCGGAGCAGACUACCUGAAGGAGAUGUGUGAGGCAGGGCUGAGCCGGUGGACCAGCGGGGUGCCCUGGACUGGGAGACCCGGGGGAGCCACUGCCUGUGACUGGCUCCACAUCCCUCUGCGGCUGCUGUGCGGAGGCCUGCUGUUCACCUGUAACGCUGUGAUGUGGACCUUCUUCUCCAAAGCCCUGCGUCACUCCUCUUCCUCAGCCAGAGCCACCGUCACCACCACCGCAGCCAACUUCAUCUCCUCUGCAGUCCUGGGGAGGGUGAUAUUUGGAGAGAGCCAUGCAGCUCUGUGGUGGGUGGGCAUCUCUCUCACUCUGUCUGGGUUGCUGGUGCUCCAUGGAUCCACAUCUCAGGCCCCACCACAGGAGGAGGCGAAGAAAAAGUAGUGUGGCUCUGGUUCAUCACAAGCAGGAAACUUCUGGCCUUCAGUCACAUGAACUGCGAGACUUCUUGGCUGAAAUUCUCAGGCACUUGAACAAAGUGGAAACACGCUUGCAGAACGUCUUCAUAUUUAAUCAAAUGUUUUAAAGCCACUUGACUGUGCUGCACGAGGCUAAUGUCGAACACCUCUGCCUUGUAAUUACAUGCUGCACCAUCACUGUCAGACACCACAGGUUUGUACCUGCCCUGUUAUUAUAAUAUAUGCCUUUUCUGACCCACUUUUUGCAGUUUGCUAACCAGUGUAUGAGAAGCAGGAAUAUUGCAAGUCGACACGAUGGAACUGUAUGUGAUGUGGCAAGAAUAUUGCACUAAAAUAAGCAAACUGUGAUAAUGUGUUGAUAUAUACAAGCUCAUUGUUUCACUGGUGUGGAUGUUUAGUAGAUGUGAUUUCACCAAACUAUUCCAGGGACUGUGUGUUAUGUAUCAAAGGACCUUUGACAGAUGUGGACAGUAUAUACUUGUGCAUGCACCCGCAGACACAUCACAACAUUGAAAUCAGCCACUGUAUCUAUGCAAUAACUUACUUGAGCUGUUGUACAGUCUUACAGGAAUAUCACGCCUCUCACACUAACUGACCAAAUCUGUUCAACUCACAAUCCAGAAGAGCUUGACAAAGUUUCACACUGUGAAGAUUUAUAUUUUAUUGUAAAUAUCUGAUGAACUGUAAAACUGUGCAGAAUUUGUUGAAAAUAAAUACUCACAAUGCUG